GGGGCAGGGGAAGGGGAAGGGGCAGGGGUGCGGUCGAGGGGUUCGGAGGAAGAGGAACCAGGAUGCUGAUUGUGGACUGGAACUCGACGACGACGACGACGCCGGCGCCGCUGAGCACGACCACGCUCGAGGCCCUCAACAUCACCCUCGAGAACGUCAGCGUCCUCGUCGACAACGCCACCGCCACCGCCAGCCCGGAGCUCCCCACCUCCAAGUUCAAGACCGUCCAGGUCGUCAUCAUCAUCAUCAUCGCCACGUGUCUCAGUAUCAUCACGGUGGCGGGGAACUUCAUGGUGAUGAUCUCGUUCAAGAUCGACAAGCAGCUGCAGACAAUUAGCAACUACUUCCUGUUCAGCCUGGCGAUGGCGGACUUCGCUAUCGGGCUCAUCUCGAUGCCGUUGUUCACGGUUUACACGCUGCUCGGCUACUGGCCGCUCGGGCCGACCAUCUGCGACACCUGGCUCGCGCUCGACUACCUGGUCAGCAACGCCUCCGUGCUCAACCUCCUCAUCAUCAGCUUUGACCGAUACUUCUCCGUCACCCGCCCGCUCACCUACCGCGCCAAACGUACCACCAACAGAGCUACCUUCAUGAUAGGAUGUGCGUGGGGAGUUUCGUUACUGCUGUGGCCUCCUUGGAUAUACGCCUGGCCCUACAUCGAGGGCGAGCGGACCGUGCCUGCCACCGAGUGUUACAUACAAUUUAUAGAGACCAAUCAUUAUAUUACUUUCGGUACUGCGAUAGCUGCCUUCUACGUUCCUGUUACUGUUAUGUGCAUUUUAUACUUUAGGAUAUGGAAAGAAACCAAGAAAAGACAAAAAGAUCUACCGAAUCUCCAAGCGGGCAAAAAAGAUAGUAGUAAACGCUCUAAUUCUAGUGAUGAACAAGCUCAAGUAGAUAUGGAAAAUUGGAAACGCACAAGAUCUCAGUCUAAUCACGACCAGGAUGGAGGAUUAGACGACUUUACGGAUAGUAAUGCUAAUCAAAACAAAGUGAAGCAGCCGCGGGCGCGGGCGCUGUCGUGGCGGUGGUUCCGGGAGUGGUGCGUGGCUUGGUGGCACUCGGGCCGGGAGGAGGACCCGGAGGACUACGAGGACAUCCCCUCGGACAUGGGCUACGCCACCCCGGUCAGCGUGGAGACCCCGCUCCAGUCCAGCGUCUCCCGCUGCACCUCCAUGAACAUGAUCCGGGACCCGUACGCCCUCGGCCAGACGCCCCCGGCCCGCAACCACCCCCCGCCUCCUCUCGCUCACCUCGACGCCAGGAGCCUCCCAUCCGCUCCCGCCAACCGGCUUCACUCCAGGUCCAUCUCCAAUGAUUCCGUGUACACGAUACUGAUCCAGCUGCCUCCGCGGCUAGACAGCGCAGGCGCGACGGACGGCCCGACGAUCAAGAUGAUCUCGGACGAGCCGGUGAUUGGCUACCGGGGGCUGGGGCGAGGGGUGGGGGUAGGGGUGGGGGCGCGCCUCGACGGGGAGCCCUUCUCCCACUCGCCGGGCCUCAAUCGGCGCCCCUCCCAGUUCCACGACGCCCGCAUGCCGCUCAGUGCCAAAGCCAUGCAGAAAGACAUGCACGGCAAGAACUCUUUGGCUGGCCCAAAGAACCCCAACAAGAAGAAGAAGAAGACCCAGGAGAAGAAGGCCGACAAGAAGGCCGCCAAGACCCUCUCGGCCAUCCUCCUCACGUUCAUCAUCACGUGGACCCCCUACAAUAUCCUCGUCCUUAUCAAGCCCCUCACCUCCUGUCUGGACUGCAUCCCUCAGCCCCUGUGGGAUUUUUUCUACUAUCUGUGCUACAUCAACUCCACCAUCAACCCGGUCUGUUACGCCCUCUGCAAUGCCUCCUUUCGGCGGACCUACGUGCGGAUCCUCACAUGCAAGUGGCAGAACAGGAACCGCGCCGCUAUGAAUAGGGGAUUCUACAACUGAGUGGCCAGAAAGCAAGGUUCCGCCCAUCACGGCCAAUUCUAGCAGUUUCAAAGCGAAUUUUAUGUAGAGGCUCGGUACUACUUGUGUGCCCGAACCUCCGAGCUGCCAUUCUAUUUCAUAGAGUACAUAGAGUCGUAAUGUAAUUGGGAGAGCUGGCGCCACUUUUAAGCAUUUUCCAUGUCCCGAAUUCAGAGACU